UUCAAAUUCCAAAAUGGCGGACAUGGAUCACUUAGACGCCACUGAGGAUGUGGCAUUAAAUUUUGGAGACGAGGAUGAAAUUUUAAAUAGAAAAAAGAAAUUCAGAAAACCUUUGGUUACCAUCUUCCAUCUUCUAUUUCGAGUGGCAGCAAUCAUUGCUUACCUUCUGUGUGGUUGGUUCAGUGAUAGUUUCAUAACAAACUUUGUUAUCAUAGUUCUGCUUUUAUCAUUUGACUUCUGGACUGUCAAGAAUGUCACAGGACGGUUAUUAGUGGGACUUAGAUGGUGGAACUACGUGGAUGAGGAUGGGAACAGCCAUUGGGUGUUUGAGUCCAGAAAGAGUGACAAGCAGGUGACCACAGCUGAAUCACGUGUCUUCUGGCUUGGUUUGGUCAUUUGUCCCCUUAUUUGGACAUUCUUUCUUGUGGCUGCACUGUUUUCACUGAAAUUUAAGUGGCUGCUUGUUGUUGCAGUUGGGCUCUCUCUAAAUGCUGCAAACCUGAUUGGUUAUGUGCGCUGUAAGAAAGAUGCUGGGAAGAAUAUCAAGAGUUUUGCAGGAAAUUUCCUGGGAAGACAGCUCCUUAAUCAGGUACAGGUAAACCCUCCUCGUAAUCGACUUCCUGGAAGAUUUCUCAUACAAAAUCCUACUAGUCCUGUUCCUCGACUAUUGCCAUGGGCACAACAGACACCCAGUAGCAGCCGAGAAGUUCCAGUUUUGUAGUUGAUAAUACUCAUUCCUAGCCAGUGUAGAGGGGGGGGGGGGGGGAUGGAGAUGAGCAAACUGGUCUAUGAGCAUCACAGGAUAUACAGUUGAAUUUUGUUUUUGAAAAAGAAGACGACUUGUCUGAUAUGGUUCCAGCGUUUAUGACCCUUGAAAUAGGGGUGAACUUUACUAAGUUGUAAUUAUUCUACUGUUAAGAAAUGUUAUUUAAUAAGCUUUUCAACUCCCAAGAAUGACUAGUAUCUAAUUUCUCCUUACAAUAUCACCCCUGAAUCACACAUGAAGGUCACAAAAAUUGAGGAAAUGAUCACCAACUCAAGAAACUGUUUAUUAAACAAAUUCUCCUUGGCAGCACCUAAGGAAAGUUGUACAGAACAAUAUAGAGAACAUGCAUACUGAUGGUAGGGUGUAAAGUGUUAAGUUAAAAAAACAAACAAACAAAAAAAAACAUUUACUUGCCAUAGGUAUUGAUAAAUGUACAUUUUUGUUAGAUAUAUUUUGGAAAAUCAAGGAGGAUCAAGAAUCAGAAUUAGUAAAUAGUUUAUAGUCAUCUACUUGCGCAUUAGUUGGUUAAACCUCAUGAUAGAGUCUAUUUUUAUCGUUUUGUCAAAGACUAAGUAGAACUGCAAAUUUCACAAAAGUUUGUUUUGUUUGGUCUUUGUUAUUAAAGUUAGAGUUUAAAAAGAAUUUAAUACUGAGACUUAAAUUUCUCAGAAAUGAGGGGAUCAAAAAAGUUACAGGUCUUUUCUCCUGCUAAAGACAGAUUGAUUACUCAAAAAAACAGUUUUCUCUUGAAUUGAAGAAAGUGCUAGAAGAGGUUAGAUUAGUUACAUUAUUCUCUUAGAAAGCAUUCAUCAUAUAACUGUAUUUAUUGUAUUUUAUGGCUUUAGAUAAGUUAAAAAGAAGGAAUGGUAUCACUCAGUUUGAGUGUUUAAAGUAAUCCAGAAGUGCAUCACUUUACUCUGUGAAUUGUCUGAAAAACUCUUGUGUUCAAGUUACCACCUUUCCUGACAGUUGGAAUAUUGAUAAAAUAAAUGACUAGAUACUCCAA